AUGGACUUGGUUCGACAAGUUUGGUCUCAUAAUCUCUACCGAGAAUUAGCCAUUUUUAAUGUCUAUCUUUCUAGGUUUCCAGUAAUCGUCAUUGACACCGAAUUUCCUGGUUUUAUCCGAUCCACCCCGAGAGGUGCUCCUAAGGAACAUCUCUACCAAGAUUUGAAGUUCAACUUAAACCAUUUGAAGAUUCUUCAAUUGGGCCUUACUCUAGUCGACGAGAAUGGAAAUGUUGGCAUGACAUGGGAGUUCACUUUUUCUGAUUUUGACGAACAAACAGAUCUCUCCAAUCCUACAUCGAUCCAAUUCUUGAAGAACAAAGGGUUAGAUUUCAAGAAACAAAGAGAAGAAGGAAUCCGAUCAGCCGAAUUUCAACUCGCAUUUCUACCAAUUCUUUGUAGCAAUCGAAUCGUCAAAUGGGUCACAUUUCAUGGUAUCUAUGACGUUGCUUAUUUGUUGAAGCUAAUGGUGAUCAAAUCCAUGCCGGAGUCUGUAGUGGAGUUCGCCAUCAUAGCUCGAUGUUUCCUUGGUACGGUUAGUGACCUAAAGUACAUAAUUCGCAAUUGCGAAUACUUACUUAAUGGCGAACUUGGACUAAAAAAACUUGCUAAGUUACUCAAUAUUGUGAAUGACAUUCCUACCCAUCAUCUUGCUGGUUUUGAUAGUUUGUUGAUAGCUUCUGCAUAUGCGAAGAUGAAGAAGAUGCACGAGUUUUCAUCAGAAAAUCUCGAUGGGUUCUUGUAUGGUUUGUAUUAUAGAAUUCGGGGACAUAAGAUCCCUUGGUUCAAUCCAUAUUACCUACAUUGA